UUCACGGUCCGUAUGACAAUUAUUGUAAUCUAUACAUUUGACCUUGAACAUCUUAUCUUACAGCUGUUUUGAUAUAAGACGUUUUUUCACAACAGUUUUGAGCAAAGUGAAUGAUUUCGAUGAUUUAGUUGUAUAAUAACUGGAAUAAUUUAACGAGUAUUUAGCUAUGUCUUCCAACAAAGUGGCUAUAGUGACCGGUGCAAAUAAAGGAUUAGGUUUUGCUUUGGUAAAAGAAUUGUGUGAUAAACUUGAUGGAAUAGUUUACUUGACUUCGCGAGAUGAAAAGAGAGGUAUCGAAGCUACCGAAAAAAUGAAACAGUUGGGUUAUUAUGCUAAAUAUCAUCAAUUAGAUGUAGGAAAUACGGACAGUGUGGUAAAAUUAACGUCUUCCAUUUGUAAAGAAGAACAAAUAGUCGACAUAUUAAUUAAUAAUGCUGGUAUACUAUUUCUUAAAGAUGCCAAGGAAUCAAAAUACGUUCAAGCUGAACAGACAAUACUCAUAAACUUUACAGCCUUAGUUAAUUUUACUGAAGCAAUGUUACCAUUUAUUGCGGAUGGCGGGAAAAUUGUAAACAUAUCCAGUUCUUCGGGACAUUUAUCGCGAAUACCGUCUGAACAACUAAGAGCAAAGAUAAGUUCACCAAAUUUAACUUUAAAAGAAUUACAAAGUCUAAUGAACGAUUAUUUAGAAGCUGUAAAAGUAAACAAGGAUAUUGAAGAUGGUUGGGGCGACUCGCCUUAUGUUGUUUCGAAGGUUGGCGUAAAUGCCUAUACAUUUUUGCUGAACAGGAGACUGGCUAAUAGAGGUAUCAAAGUAGAUUGCGUGCAUCCUGGCUACGUAAUAUCAGACAUGACGCGAGGUUCUGGAAACGUAUCGCCAGAAGAAGCUGCCAAAGUUGUGGUCAAAGUGGCGUUAGACUCGGAGAACGGUGGUCGAUAUUUCUGGCACAAUGGUGAUGUGGUCCCGUGGGAUGGAUCCGAUCCUAGAGGUUAUAUUGAUGGCAGGAAGUGAUGUAUUAUAAACUGAAAGGCACAUUAUUGACAAUUGUAACGAAAAU